AACGGAUGAAGUUAACACUUUCAUUUAUCUCUCGCUACCUAACACACGCACGCACACACAACAGCUGCAGCGCGUGCGUGCAAGAUGUUGCAGACUCGUGACCGUGGAAGAAGAAAAAGAAUCAGUCAGCGUUAUUUUAGGAUUGUUUUAUUGGACCAAGGCGUCUAAAUACAUUUAUUCACGCCGGAAAAUACGAGGAACGUGGCGACGAAGCAUUAAACUUCUGAAUAAAGAUGACGCAUGACGUUUUCUAACAAUGUUUUGAUUCUUUCGGGCGUGACGUCAGCCACCACUACACAAAAAUGGUUCCUACUUAGUUUUGAUUCGGAAAGCAAAGUGAUUUAUAACUUUAAGUGUGGCAUUUUCGGGAAAAUGAAGGGCUAAACGGGUAAACUGGCGACAGCUCCAAACAUGGAGGCGUGUGCAGAACCUGGACGCAGACUGCGCUCCGUCUGUAGGAGAAUGUAUGACGAAAAUGAUGAUUUGUCGGACGUGGAGGAAAUUGCCAAUGUCAGAGGGUUUAACCUAGAAGAAAAGCUUGUAAGCAAAUCCUACAAUUCUAACUACGCCAAGUACAUGGACGGAAAAGAUUUCACAUAUGAAUACGUGCAGAAAGAAGCGCUUAGAAGUCCCCUCGUCUUUAAAGUCAAAGAUGGAUUGGGAAUCAGAAUGCCUGAUCCGGAUUUUACUGUCAGCGAAAUUAAGGGACUGGUCGGCAGCCGUCGGGCGGUAGAUGUGAUGGACGCCAGCACUCAGAAGGGCUCGGAGAUGAGCAUGGCGCAGUUUGUGCGUUACUACGAGACCCCCGAGGAGGAGCGGGAUAAGCUGUUCAACGUGAUCAGCCUGGAGUUCAGCCACACCAAGCUGGAGAACCUCAUUAAACGCCCCACAGUGGUGGACCUGCUGGACUGGGUAGAUAACGUGUGGCCGCCUCACCUGAAGGAGAGCCAGACUGAGGGCACCAACGUCAUCUCCGAGAUGAAGUACCCCAAAGUGCAGAAGUACUGCUUGAUGAGCGUGAAGGGCUGCUACACUGAUUUCCACAUCGACUUCGGCGGAACGUCUGUCUGGUACCAUGUACACAGGGGAGGGAAGGUGUUCUGGCUGAUCCCGCCCACCCCUCAUAACCUGGUGCUGUAUGAGGACUGGGUCCUCUCGGGGAAGCAGAGCGACGUGUUCCUGGGCGACCGAGCGGACAGCUGCCAGAGGGUGGAGCUCAAACCGGGCUACACCUUCUUCAUCCCCUCAGGCUGGAUCCACGCGGUGUACACGCCCGAGGACACGCUGGUGUUCGGGGGAAACUUCCUGCACAGCUUCAACAUCCCCAUGCAGCUGAGCGUGCACGAGAUGGAAAACCGCACCAAGGUCCACGCUAAGUUCCGCUACCCCUUCUUCUAUGAGAUGUGCUGGUACGUGCUGGAGCGGUACGUUCACUGCCUAACCGGACGCUCCCACCUGAGUAAGGGCUUCUGCAGGGACUCCUCGCUCAAAGACACAGAGAUGAAGGCAGAGAUGGAGGAUGACUCCGGUGAGAUGCAGAUGCAGGAGGGACUCAGGGACCCCCCUGCCCAAUCCAACAACACCUAUCCGCACGCCAGCCCCGCCCCUGGCUCCGCCCACCCGGACUUUCUCAGGACGCCCUCGCCGGCGUCGGACCCCCCGGCCAGGUGGACUCACCUGACGGCGUUUGAGCUGAAAGGGCUCGCGGUGCUGGUGGACAAGCUGGAGUCCCUCCCCGAAAACAAGAGGAAUGUCCCGCAGGGCAUCGACCGGCCCAACAGCCUGCUGCAGGACAUGAGGGUGAUCCUGAAAGAGCACGCGGAUGACGACAGCCAGCUAGCCCUCACCGGCGUCCCUGUGGUGUGCUGGCCCAAGAAGACCCUGAAGCGCCUGGCUAACCGGCCGAAGCUGAAGAUGGGCGGGUCGGCGGUGGCGGUGCGGCUGUCGGGGGGGCGCUCCACGUCGGGGGCGCGCAGACGGCGGACGCGCUGCAGGAAGUGCGAGGCCUGCAUGCGCACGGAGUGCGGCGAGUGCCACUUCUGCAAGGACAUGAAGAAGUUCGGAGGACCCGGGAGAAUGAAGCAGUCCUGCAUCAUGAGGCAGUGCAUCGCGCCGGUGCUGCCCCACACGGCCGUGUGCCUGGUGUGUGGGGAGGCUGGGAAGGAGGACACGGUGGAGGAGGACGAGGAGAAAUUCAACGUCAUGCUCAUGGAGUGCUCCAUCUGCAACGAGAUCCUGCACCCCAGCUGCCUGAAGGUGAAGGAUGCUGGAGGUGUGAUCAAUGAGGAACUCCCAAACUGCUGGGAGUGUCCUAAGUGCAAUCACGCAGGAAAGACAGGGAAAGCCCUGAAGCAGAAAAGGGGCCCCGGGUUCAAGUACGCGUCCAACCUGCCGGGGUCCCUCCUGAGGGAGCAGCGUCUGGGCCGGGACAUCAAGGAGGAGCCGGACACGCCCCCGGCCUUGCCCUCCGCCCUGCCCCGCAGGAAGGCCGAGCGGGAGGACACGCCCAAACGCAGGCCGCCCCUCCUCACCCCUGAGGACCUGCCCUUAGCCCUGCCCCUGCCCCUGCCCCUGCCCCUGCCCCGCCUAGACGACAACCCGCUCCGAAGGAAGAGGAAGCUCUUCAGCACUGACCCAGACCCCGCGCUGCUGAAAAAGCAGCGGAAGCUGGAUGACCCGCCCCUCCCCCAGCUGCUGCGGCAGAUCAAGAUGGAGGAGGAGGAGCAGGAGGAAGAGUUCGGGAGGGCGCUGGAGGGGCGGGGGGCGGAUCAUGUGCACAAACACGAGGAGGAAGAGGACAGGGAUAUGGAGGGCCGGGAGGAAGAGGAGGACCAGGAGGAGUCGAGGAGGGCCCCGCCCAGCGCCCUGCUCCGGACGGCCGCGGCCGAGGAGAGUGGCCAGUCGCACCCCAGCUCCCCGCGGGCGGGGCCCAGCGGCGAGGGGGGCUGGGAGGGGCAGGAAAAGGGGCGGGGCCGGGCGCCGCGGCAACGCCGGCUGCCCAAUAAGGAGCUGAGCAAGGAGCUGAGCAAGCAGCUGAACCAGGAGAUCCAGCGGACCGAGCACAGCCUGGCCCAGGAGGCGUGCCCGCUGCUCAAACCCGAGCCCGACUGCGAGCGCGGGGGGUCCCCCGACGAGCCGCCGCCGCCGCCGCUCCUCAACGGCUCCGCCCCGCCCCCCCUCCGCCUGACCCCGCCUCCGCCGGCCGCCCCGCCCCCCCACGGCCACGGCCCCGCCCCCUGCCGCUCCCCGCCCAGGUGCCUGCCCGUGAUGGAGCGUCACGUGAUCAGGCCGCCGCCCAUCAGCCCGCCCCCGGACCAGCUGCCCCUGGAGCGGGGCGACGCCCACCCCAUGCGCCGGGAGGGCUGGAUGGCCGUGUUCCGCCACCUCACGCACGCCGAGCUCUGCGUCUGCAUGCGCGUCUGCAAGACCUGGAACCGCUGGUGCUGUGAUAAGAGGCUGUGGUCCAGCAUUGAUCUGAACCGCUGCAAGUCCAUCACCCCCCUCAUGCUGAGCGGGAUAAUCCGGCGGCAGCCGGCCUCUCUGGACCUCAGCUGGACCAACAUCUCCAAGAAGCAGCUCAGCUGGCUCAUCAACAGGCUGCCGGGUCUGAGGAUGCUGUACCUGGCAGGGUGUUCCUGGGUGGCCGUCUCCGCCCUCUGCACCUCCAGCUGCCCCCUGCUCCGCACCCUGGACCUGCAGUGGGUGGAGGGCCUGAAGGACGCCCAAAUGAGGGACCUGCUGUCCCCUCCCACCGACAACCGGCCAGGUCAGGUGGACAGCAGGAGUAAGCUGCGUAACGUGGUGGACCUGCGGCUGGCGGGGUUGGACGUCACGGACGUGUCUCUGCGGCUGAUAAUCCGGUACAUGCCGCUCCUCUCCCGCCUGGACCUCAGCUACUGCAACCACAUCAGCGACCAGUCCAUCAACGUCCUCACAGCCGCGGGGACCACCACGCGCGACUCGCUCACCGAGAUCAACCUGUCAGUUUGCAAUCGAGUCACCGACCAAUCGCUGAGCUUCUUCAAGCGCUGCGGGAGCAUCUGCCACAUAGACCUGCGGUACUGCAAGCAGGUGACCAAGGCCGGCUGCCAGCAGUUCAUCGCGGAGAUGUCCGUCAGCGUGCAGUUCGGCCUGGUGGAGGAGAAACUGCUGCGGAAGCUCUGCUAGCGUUUGUGGGAAUGCAGAGACCCCAGUGCACAGGAACAGGAAGAGGAACAGGAACAGGAAGGCACACACGGGAACAGGAACAGGAAGAGGAAGAGGAAUUGAAUGGAAAAAGCCAUGAAUCCCAGAAGACCAGAAUGGGGGAAAGUCAAGUUAUUUUGGGGGGACUGAACCCUUUUUUUGUUGUUUUCUUGUGGGAAAAUGAAUGUCGCCUGAAAAAAGGGGGUUGUUGAGCAAGUGUGCGUGAGUGAGAGUGCGCGCACACGUGUGUGUGUGUGUGUGUGUGUGAGAGAGACAGAGUAUGAGCAUAAGCACAUUAUUGUUUGUGAGUGUGAGUAUGGAAGAGUGUGUGUGUGAGA